CGCGAGCAAGGAGUGGACGGCGGAGAUGGCAACGAGCUUAGCCGUUGAUGGCAGCCAAGGAAUCAACGGCUGGGAUGGUUCCUUGCUCGCUAUCUCCUAGGGCAGUCGGCAAUGGUGAUCGAUGGCACAGCCGCGAGCUCCAGGAUGGGGAAGAGGAUUCGCGAGGGUGACGAUGAGGUCUACCUCGACAACUAUUACUCCAACAAGAGAUAUCUCACCGAGGUGAUUUCCUCCUGCCUCAAUGGACUGAAAGUCGCGGACGUUGAUAUCGCCAGUGCUGCUAUUCCCGACGAGAACGAGGAUUUUGGCGACUCCCUCGAUCCAGGAGCUGUGCUUGCCAAAUCUUUCUCGUCUGCUCGUAGCUAUCUCGGGGAGGAUCAUGUUGCUCUCGAUUCUCCAAUGUCCGACGAUGGCGACGAGCAAUUCAUGUCCGUGAGCACGUCGCCCAGCCGCUCCUCCUCUCGAUCACUAAACUCGUCUCCUCCCACGUCCUCGCUGCCCAGACACCUCCACGAGUCCGAGUGCUGCCGGCUUCCACCAUCGCCGAGCGACCCGUGCCACCCCCCGGAUUUACGUCGCGCGGCGCUCAUGCGAGCGCUCCAGAUCCGCGCGCUCUCACCCGGAGGCAUCCGGCCCAGCUGCAUGUAUGAUCCCAGGCAGCUCCAGCAGAUCCUUGACAAAGACAAGCCCGCGCCGGCGACGAUAAUCACUCACAGGCGGGGAGACGAUCAAAACGAGCUGCUCCUCGGCUCGCCACCCCACGGCCAGUUUCCAUCGCAGGUCUUCCGAGCUUCCAACGCGGUUGCGAGCAGGAGCUUGGUCCUGGACGACGAUCAAAAGCCGGUGGAGUCCGUGGCCACGGCUGAGGGCAUGGACAGGAGCGAAGACGUGCUGAGCGAGCCCAGCGUUCCAAGACGGAGUCGGAGCCGGAGGAGGCCCGGUGAGGAGUGCCACUGGUCGAGGAUGAAACGAGGAAAGCUACACCAAAACUCCAUCUCCAGCUUGAAAAAGGUGGAAGGCUCGACCGAGAUAUCAGACACGGAGUCAUGUUUGUGAACGUGUGUCCUCGAGACUUCGUAUGGUCUUGUGAUCUCCGACGCGCAAUAUCACCUUUUAUCACACCAAGGUCGUGGAUGCUGUUUCUAUACUCUAGGAAUUUUACUCCCGCAAGCACAAGGACAGGCAAAGUAAGUACUCUCUCAUCCUGACAAAACCGAUGGAUUCUCUUCAGCUGGGACCAACAGGGACGAAGAAGCAUUUAUUUGUUUCGUUUCGCGAUUGCGUCUCUACUAUUCAGUCAAUGCUGUUGGUGCUGCUGCUGCUGGUGGCCUGUGCAGUGAAAGGGGAGAGAAUAUUGCCGAAUGCGAGCUUUUGAUAAUAUCUCAUCCCAGGAGAGCAGCAGCAAACAGCCAGGGCCCGGCCAGCCAGCCAUGAAUUUUGAUUCUUUCGUCUCAUUCAUCGAUCGCGGAGAUUGAUUGCGGGUUGGCUUUGGUGUUCCAGCGCCAUCCAUAGCUUGCUUACUGUCACGCAAUCACUCCAGGACUUGUACUUAGGAAUUAUACUGUUUCUCAUUUAUUUCCUGGGCCAGGAGAGACUCGAUUGAGCAUUCACUCGGUUAGUUAGCAUGGAACAUGAGAUUAUCUUCGUU